GAGUUCCUGCCGCCACCACAGCGACAGCGGGUGCGAAGGAGAGACGGGGGGAACGCGGUUAAAACAACAACCAGUAAUAUGGAGCAGGACUUAGAAGUGUUUCAGGAACAAGCUGUUGCUAAAACUUCUCCAUGUGAAGCUGAACUUCAGGAAUUAGUGCAUCAAAUUGACAUCAUGGUAAACAGAAAGAAAGUGGAAUGGGAAAGGAAGAUGAAAGCUUUAGAAGCAAAGAUGGAUAUCCAGGAUCAAGAAUUAGCAAGUGCCCAAAGCAAACUGGAUCAAAAAGGUCAAGAGGUGGGACUACUUCGACAGAAACUGGAAGACUUACAGAAAACUAAAUAUGAAAUGGCUCAGAAUUAUGAAACUCACCUUCAAGCAUUGAAAUCUCAAUUUUCAAAGUUGGCACAUAGUUACGAAAAGCUGCAGUCACAUCAGUUAAAACAAAGAAAGGUUGAAAGUAGAGAAAAAUGUGAGGAAAGCCUAGAGACAGCAUCUGAACUGAGCAAUUUAUACAAGAAACUGGAGGAAUUUAAGGCAAAAUCAAAAGAAUGGGAUAAGAAGGGGACAAUCUGCCAAAAUUAUCUCAUUUAUUUAGAUGCUCAACAAAAAUUAUUGUCCAAGAAAUGUAAUUUAUUUCAGAAGCAGACCCAGAAUUAUGAAGUCCAAAUAAGCAAUAAGAAACAAAACCAAGAGGAGGUAAUUACCUAUGGCCAGCCCAAAAGUGAAAAGGAUGAGGUGAUUAUUGAAAAACUAAAGGCAACUGUGAACGAAAUAGCAAUAAACAAGAAUAAACUAGAAGAGGAAAAUCUGAAACUCCGGGAGGAUCUAAAAAUGUACCAAAACCAAUGUCAGAACAUGGAGGCAAGCUUUUCAGAAAUGAGAAAUGAGCUGCAGUCACGGGAUGCUCUCUGGAGAAGGAUACAAAUGGAAUGCAAACAGUUGCAUACAGAAUUAUUGAAAAUCAGAGAGUAUAAAGACAUGCAGGAAAUUAAAAUAAAGCAUCAAUCAUCUUGUGUACAACUUACUGAGCAACUAGAAAAUAAAAACACUGAGUUAUUACUAUUAGCACAAAGUCAAGAACACCAACAAGAAGAGCUAAACAAGAUAAGAAACCAUGUUUAUCGAGAGGAGCACUACCAUCGCUCUGAGCAGGAAAGAAUGAAGACAGAAAUCUCUGACCUGACAGAAGAGCUUCAUCAGAAGGAGAUCACUAUAGCAACUAUCAUGGAGAAAGCUAGUCUUCUGGAAAGACAGUUAAAAAUGGAGUUAGAGAUAAAAGAGAAAUUGUUAGCUACACAACAGCUGUUGGAUUUCCAGUACAAAGUUAUCAAAUCUGAAAACACACAUCUAAAAGAGAUGGUGGAAAAACAGGAGUGUAAAAGUUGCACGAGUAUAGAUUUAUCUAACAAAGAACAUGGAAAUUUCACAGCUUCCAUUCACAAACUGGAACAUGAGAAUGUAAGAUUACAAAAUAGUCUUGUUAAACUACAAAAUGACACAGAAACAUCGAUAUUGGGUCAGAUGGAUACAUAUGGAGAAACAGAGCACAGCUACCAAACCCAUUCAAAGAUGCAAGAAAAGGAAAAGAGAACUUUCCAAAAGAAAGAUGCAUGGGAAAUGGAAUGUCAACAGAUUGCUAUGUUCACAGCCAGUGGAUGCCACAGAAACUGUAGUCCUGCUUUAUAUAGCCAAGGCAAUAUCACUGGUUCAAAAAGUGAUAGCAUUUUAUCUUCUCAUACACUUCACAGAAGUCAUGAAAAGAAAAUAGAUUAUAAAUCCCCAUCAUCACCAAUGGGGUAUCCUUCGGGCUUUGGUGGGCCGUUUCCUGAAAAGAGCAGAACAGGCAGCUUACUGAGCCCUGCUUACAAUGCAGAAGAAAUCAAAUUAUCAUCUCCCCCUGAGAUGUCCUUCCUUGCAACAACAGAAAAGUUUCUUCAAGAGGAAGAGAAACAUACAAGAGAGUUUGAAGAACGUUUAAAUUCACACCUUGAAGAACUGCAAAGACAUUCUGAAAAUACUCUAAAAAAAUAUGCCAGGAUACAGCAAAGCAGGCAUACUUAAGCCAGACACACAAUUAAGAAAAUAAA